CAACGUCGACGCGUAUUCGGGUCCCGCCCUGCGCGGGCUGACGCAGCCACGGAGUGAUGUUUGAUGAUGUCGCCUAGCAGCUGCUGUUGCCUCCGGUAGCUUCAACGGAGACGGGAAAAACUAUUUUAAAUUCAAGAUGCCACCCAAUUUAGAUUGGAAGAAGCUUAUGAGAAUUGAUGCUGACGAUCUGCCUCGUCAAGAAGAACUGGCAGAUAGUUUGCUGGUGACUGUAUCCAAGGUUGAAGGAAAUGACUUAAAAGGUGAAAAUCUUGAACAUGUGGUACAUCUUUUUAAAAUUACACAGUCACUAAUGAAGAUGAAAGCCCAAGAGGUAGAGCUGGCUUUAGAAGAAGUUGAAAAAGCUGGGGAGGAGCAAGCCAAAUUUGAAAAUCAAUUAAAAGCAAAGGUUCUGAAACUAGAAAAUGAAUUAGAGAUGGCACAGCGAGCUGUUGGUGGUCGUGAUACUCGGUUUUUGCGUGAUGAGAUCCGUCGGCUGGAAAAGCAAUUGGAACAAAAAGACAGAGAAUUAACAGAUAUGGAAAAGGAGCUAGAAAAAGAGAAGAAAGUUAAUGAACAGCUUGCUCUUCGAAAUGAGGAUGCAGAAAAUGAAAACAGCAAGUUAAGAAGAGAGAAUGAACAACUUCGCCAGGAUGUAAUUGACUACCAGAGACAAAUAGAUUCACAAAAGGAAAUGCAUAUGUCACGUAGAGGAGAUGAGUCUGAUUACAGAUCUCAAUUAUCCAAAAAGAACUUUGAGCUUGUCCAAUAUCUGGAUGAAAUUCAGAGUUUGACUGAAACUAAUGAGAAAUUAGAAGCUCAAAACCAGGAAAUGAGGAAGAACUUGGAAGAAUCAGUGCAGGAAAUGGAGAAGAUGACUGAUGAGUAUAACAAAAUGAAACUUAUUGUGCAGCAGUCUGAUAUUGUUAUGGACCAAUUAAGAAAGGAAAAUGAACAGUAUAAGUUUCAGACCCAGGAACUAACAGACCAACUUAAAGCAAAAAAUGAAGAAGAUGAUCCCCUCAUAGCAGCUGUAAAUGCAAAAGUUGAAGAAUGGAAGAGAAUCUUGGCUUCUAAAGAUGAUGAAAUCAUAGAAUAUCAGCAGAUGUUGUUUAACUUGAGAGAGAAACUGAAAAUGGCUCAACUUGAUGCAGACAAAAACAACGUUAUGGCACUCCAGCAGGGAGUGGAAGAACGAGACAGUCAGAUCAGGUUGCUCACUGAGCAAGUUGAACAAUAUACAAAAGAAAUGGAAAAAAAUGCAUUGAUUAUUGAGGAUUUGAAAAAUGAACUCCAAAAAGAUAAAGGUUUCUCAUCUCUUGCUCAGCAGAAUCAUAUUAGAGAAAUACAGGAAAAAUUACAACUGCUAGAACAUAGAACUAAAGAGGCUGAGAGAGUGGCAGAAUUAGCAGAGUCUGAUGCUAGGGAAAAGGACAAAGAACUCAUUGAGGCUCUGAAGCAAAUGAGAGUCUAUGAAACGGGAAUAUAUGGUUUGGAAGAUGCUGUUGCUGAAAUAAAGGAUUUAAAAAAGCAGAUUAAAAUAAGAGAUCGUGAGACUGAAGGAUUGAUUAAGGAAGUGAACAAACUUGAACUUAAAAUCAGUGAUUUUCUUGAUGAAAAUGAAGACCUCAGGGAACGCUUAGGUCUUGAUCCAAAGACAAUGAUAGAUUUAACUGAAUAUAAAAACAGCAAGGCACUAAAACAGCAGCAGUACAGAGCUGAAAACCAGAUCCUUUUAAAAGAGAUUGAAAGACUGGAAGAAGAAAGAGUUGCCCUGAAACAACAGAUUCGUAAACUGGCUCAGGAGAAAGGAAAAAGAGCGGCAAUGUUAGGAUUGGAUGCAGAUGACCUGCAGCUGAUUGAUAGCUUUACUGAGGAUCUGAAGAUAAAAAAAGGGAAAUCAGACUUCAUGAGCACAGUUAAUGUUGAUGAAGUUAAAGCAAAGAAUAAGCAGAUAUCCAGGGAUUUGUUGGCCAAGAACACAUUAUAUAGAAAUGCAGAACUUGCGCUUGAGAGAUACAGAAGCCAAGCAGUGCAGAAUGAAUACCUUGCAAAAGAAUUAAAUGAGAGAGAGAAAGAUUUGGAAUGGAACAGGACUGCGAUAGCCAAAUUUCAAUCUAAAUUAAAAGAAUUAUCAGAAGAAAACAAGCAGCUUGAGCAAGGAAUGAAAGAGAUAUUACAAGCUGUCAAGGAAAUGCAGAAGGAUCCUAGUGUGAAAGGAGGAGAAACAGCCUUAAUGAUCCCUAGUCUGGAGCGAUUAGUAAAUGCAAUUGAAUCAAAGAAUGCAGAGGGAAUAUUUGAUGCCAGUUUGCAUUUGAAAGCUCAAGUUGACCAGCUUACGGGGCGAAAUGAAGAAUUGAGGCAGGAGCUGAAAGGAUCUCGAAAAGAGGCAACAAAUUUCUCUAACCAGUUAGCAAAUGCUAAUGUAAAGAUUGCACAACUUAAAGAUGAAGUUUGUUUGUUACGUCAAUCGGAAGGCGCCAAUAUAGUAUUCAGAGGAGUAAACCGUCCAGAAGGGAUGACUCCUUCAAGUGCUAAUAUAGUUAAUUCUCAGAACGAAUAUUUAAUACAUCUUUUACAGGAACUAGAAAAUAAAGAACUAUUACUUAAGAAAUUAGAAGAAGCAGUAGAAGAAUAUAAGCGAAAAUUUGCAGUAAUUCGCCAUCAACAAGGCUUGCUAUAUAAGGAAUAUCAAAGUGAAAAAGAAAGUUGGCAAACAGAAUCUGAAAAAAUGAAAGAAGAAAGGAAGAAGCUAGAAGAUCAAAAGCAACAUGAUGCUAUGAAAAUAAAGGAAUACAAUAAUUUACUGGAUGCACUUCAGCUGGGUACGGAUGAAACCAAAAAACUGCUUGCAGAAAACAGUAGAAAAAUGACAGUCUUGAGAGUGAAUGAACGGUCACUGACAAGGCAGUAUACAACUUUACUUGAAAUGGAGCGGCACCUUAGAAAAGAAAACGAGAAACAAAAGGCUGAACUAACAGCAGUGGAAACUGCAGUUGGAGAAAAGAUUGGACACUUGCAGCGAUUCAAGGAACUGGCAAGCUUUAAGAUUGCAGCUCUGCAAAAAGCUUUGGAUGACAGUGUGCCUCUGUCUGAGCUAGAACUGGCUAAUAAGCAGUAUAAUGAGUUAACUGCUAAAUACAGGGAUAUGCUACAAAACGAUAACUUGCUUGUCCAGAGAACAACUAACUUGGAGCACAUGGAGAGUGAGAAUACAUCCUUGAAGGAACAGAUAAAUUCAUUAAAUAAAGAACUUGAAAUCACAAAAGAAAAACUUCACACUGUAGAACAAGCUUGGGACCAAACAACUAAGUUGGGGGGUGACAAUGCCAUGGACAAGGCCACAAAAGCAAUUACCAACAGUGAGAUUGUUUCUAUUUCUAAGAAAAUCACUGUGCUGGAAAUGAAGGAACUAAACGAAAGACAGAGAGCUGAACACUCGCAACGAAUGUAUGAACACUUAAGAAAUACUUUAAAGCAAGUGGAAGAACGUAACUUUGAACUGGAAACAAAGUUUGCUGAGCUUACUAAAAUCAACCUCGAGGCACAAAAAGUGGAACAGACAUUAAGAGAUGAACUGACAAACAGUGUGAGUAAAGCAAUAAGUGGUGCGGAUAGACGAAAAAUCAUGGAGCUAGAGAAGAGUGAAAUGGAGCUGAAGAUUGAGGUAUCAAAGUUAAGGGAGCUUUCUGAUAUUGCCAAAAUGCAAGUUGCAGCUCUGGAGGCACGGCAGCAAUCCAGAGAGAAGGAAGUGGAAUCCCUUCGAAUGCAAGUUUUAGACUAUCAGGCACAGUCAGAUGAAAAGGCACUUAUUGCAAAAUUACACCAGCAUAUCGUAGCUCUUCAGAUUAGUGAGACCACUGCUGUGGGCAAGCUAGAAGCACUUACAAUGAAACUGCAAAAGAUGGAGAUUUAUAAUCUACGCCUAGAACAGAAGCUUGAUGACAAAGAGCAGGGAUUAUACUACGCCCGACUAGAAGGGAGAAAUAGAGCCAAACAUCUACGCCAGACUGUGCAAUCUCUGCGACGACAGUUUAGUGGUGCUCUGCCAUUGACACAACAGGAGAAAUUCUCUAAAACCAUGAUUCAGCUACAGAACGACAAACUAAAAGUCAUGGAAGAAGUCCAGCAUGCCCAGGAAGAGCGUCGAAACAUAGAGAACAGAGCAAUGGAGAUGGAAUUAAAAGUAAAAGGUUUAGAAGAGUUAAUAGGCACAUUGAAAGAUACAAGAGGAGCCCAAAAGGUAAUUGAGUGGCAUAUGAAAAUGGAAGAACUUCGUCUCCAGGACCUUAAACUGAAUCGAGAGUUAGUCAAACAAAAAGAAGAGAUGAAAUAUUUGAAUAAUAUCAUUUCUGAAUAUGAGCGUACAAUCAGCAGUCUGGAAGAAGAAAUUGUACAGCAGAGCAAGUUUUUUGAAGAGCGGCAGAUGGCUUGGGAUCAGAGAGAAGUAGAGUUAGAACGUCAACUAGACAUAUAUGACCGUCAGCAAAAUGAAAUACUUAGUACUGCUCGAAAGCUUGAAGAGGCUACAGGUUCAGUUCCAGAUCCUAGUUUGCCCCUUGCACAGCAGCUUGAGCUAGCUUUGAGGAAAAUUAGGGAGCACAUUCGAACAAUCCUAGAAACUCGGGCAACCUGCAACUUAUUAGAAGAGAAACUCAAAGAGAAAGAAACUGCACUGUGGAAAGCAGAACAAAAUGUUCUAACAAGGGACAGAGUUAUAAAUGAACUAAGGCUUCGAUUACCUGUAACCGCAGAAAGAGAGAAGAUAAUAGCUGAGCUAGGUCGAAAAGAAGAUGAUCCAGAAUACCACCAUGCCCUGAAAGUUGCCCACCAAACCAUUACAAAUAUGCAAGCAAGACUAAAUCAAAAGGAGGAAGUGUUGAAGAAGUAUCAGCAUCUCCUUGCAAAAGCUAGAGAGGAGCAAGAGGAAAUCGCAAAGAAACAUGAAGACCACCUCCAGGUUCUACAUCAGAAGCUAGAUUUGCAAGCUGAUAAUUCACUUAAUAAAUUCAAACAAACUGCUUUGGAGUUAAUGAAAAAACCUUCUUUAUCAGUUCCCACCAACAAACAUUUCAUUCGUCUGGCUGAGAUGGAACAAACAGUAGCAGAACAGGACAACUCUAUUGCUUUACUUCUAGGCAGAUUAAAGAAAACAUCAUUAGAUUUGGAGAAACAAAAACAACUUACUUUAUUAAAAAUCAGAGAGUUUGAAAGCAUCAAGGCUCAGCUUGAAGAAAAGCAUAUAGCUGAAGUGAAAAAAAUGAAAGAUGAAGCAAAUGAAUUGAGGAACCUGUUAUCUGAGAUAGAGAAGGAAUUGCUGCAAGUAAAAACUGAAUUAGAGGCCCAAAAAGAAGCAAAUAAUAGAGCGCCAACAACUACAAUGAAAAACCUAGUGGAAAGGUUGAAGAACCAGUUAGCCUUAAAAGAGAAACAACAGAAAGCUUUGAGUAAAGCGCUUUUGGAGCUCCGAGCAGAAAUGACUGCUAAUGCUGAACAGCAGAUUAUUUCUGUAGCAUCACAAAAAGAGGCAUACAUGAAUGUUCAGCAGAUUGUUGACAAACAAACAAAGGAGCUCACGAUUCAUAUAGAGGAAUUAAAUGAGCAACUUACAAAAUUCAAAGAUGCCCUUAAAGUAAGUAAAACUAGAGAGCGCUCUUUAUUAGAUGAGAUGGAUGAUUUAAAUCAAGAACUUCAAAAAAAGCAAAAAGCCAUUACUAAAGGGCUAAGAGAAAAAGAAGAAAUGGAAAAUGAAAAUGAAGAACUGAAAAAGCGGAUAAAAAGACUAACAAACAGCAUUCAGAGCAAAGCUGAUGAACAAAAAUGUAUUGAUGAACUUCAGAAAAAGAUUAAAAAGCUUGAAAGUGAAGUUGAAAAGAGUGAGGAGGUAGAAAAGAAAAGUUUAAAAGAAGACAAGAGCUCUAGAGAAGAAAUAGCUAGGUGGGAAGAGGGUAAAAAAUGGCAAGCCAGAAUGGAAGGGAUGCGGAACAAACUAAAAGAAAAGGAGAAGGAAAUGGACGCUUUAACAAAACAGUUCAGUACAUUAAAGGAACUUUAUUCCAAAGCUGAUAAAGAGAAAAUUGCUUUACAAAAGAAGCUCAAGACCAGCAGUAUUACUGUUGACCAUGUUGUGGGAGUGCGGGCGUCAGAGUCAGAGAAAGAGCUGGAAGAACUAAGAAAACGGAAUAUAGACUUAGAAAAUGAAAUUGCUCAUAUGAGAACACAACAAGCUCUCCCACGAGAUUCUGUGGUAGAAGAGUUACAUUUAAAAAAUCAAUAUUUGCAGGAAAAGCUUCAUGCAUUGGAGAGGCAGUUUUCAAGAGACACAUUUUCAAGACCUUCGACGUCAGGAAUAGGAUCAGAUGAUCAGUGUCAAAGACAACAGGAGCUUCAGAAAGAAAAUUUGAGAUUAUCAUCUGAAAAUGUUGAACUAAGAUUCCAGCUAGAGCAGGCUAAUAAAGAUCUGCCAAGAUUAAAGGACCAAGUAGGUGACUUGAAAGAAAUGUGUGAGCUUCUCAAAAAAGAGAAAGCAGAAGUUGAGCGCAAGCUAGGCAGUGUUAGAGGGUCUGGUAGAAGUGGAAAGACCAUUCCAGAAUUAGAAAAAACCAUUGGUUUGAUGAAAAAGGUUGUAGAGAAAGUGCAGAGAGAAAACGAAGAUCUGAAAAAAUCCCCAGGAGUUGUCUCUAAUGAGAAACUAGUUAGCCUUGAACUUGAAAAUGAGAGGCUAAAGUCUGAAAUGGAAAAAAUGAAACUUCAUCUGGGUGGCCAGCUGAGUAUGCGUUAUGAAUCAAAAACCAGAGGCAUGGAAAAAAUCAUUGCUGAAAAUGAGAGACUACGUAAAGAGCUGAAAAAAGAGGCUGACACUGCAGAGAAGCUACGAAUAGCAAAGAAUAACAUAGAGAUAAUAAAUGAGAAGUUGACUGUGGAACUGGAGGACACUGUUAAGAGGUUAAACUUUGCUGAAAGCAGAGGUCCACAACUCGAAGGAGCUGACAGCAAAAGCUGGAAAUCAAUUGUUGUAACAAGGAUGUAUGAAACUAAAAUGAAAGAACUGGAAACUGAUGUUGCCAAAAAAAAUCAAAGCAUUACUGAUCUUAAACAGCUACUGCAAAAGGCAACAGAACGUGAACACAACAUUGAAAAACACACACAAGACUUGAAGGAACAGAUUGAGCUUCUCAAACACUUUCCUGAAGGUGUUAGCACGGAGCAAGGCCUUGCCAGAGAGCUUCAGCUUCUCAGAUUAACCAGUAAUCAACUGGAGAAGGAAAAAGCAAAACUAGCUCACCAGGUGGAGGCUUACCGACAUCAAACAGGCACCAAUGCAAGCGAAGGCUCUGCAGCCGAGAAAGGCAGAAUUGACAAGUUAAUGGUAGAUAUAGUAGAUCUCCAGACACAGCUGCAAGCCUCAGAUCUGGAAAAACAGCAACUUACAGAAGAAAUCAAACAACUGAAAAGAGAACUGGAUAACUUUGACCCUUCCUUUUUUGAAGAAAUUGAGGAUCUGAAAUACAACUACAAUGAAGAAGUGAAAAAAAAUAUUAUCUUGGAGGAGAAAUUAAAGAAGCUUUCUGAACAGUUUGGUGUUAAAGUGGAUAUUCCAGCCAAUGUGUCUAUUGAUUAAAUCCAUGUUAAGUAUUUUAAGAACUAACACCUAAAUUGAGUCAGUAGGCUGUUAUAUGUAAUACCACUUAUAUGCAAGCCUGAUUCUAAUUUCUCACCAUUGUGAAUUAGGACCAGCUUCAUUGAAGUUACAAUAGUUUGACACCAGAGAGAGAGAAGCAGCAGACUUUUCAAAAAAGUUACUAAAAUCUUGUCAUUAGUGCUUCAGAUCCAAUAGAUCUAGCAAUCAAUGUGAAAACUUGUCUUACCACCUCCCCACUUGUUUUGCAUAUUUUAUGCUUUAGUUCAGAAAUGACAGCAGGGGAGAUCAAAGGAUUUGAGCAAUCCUGGGGUGAGGAAGCCCUUGACUUCAAAGCCAGACCUGCUGCAUAACAGAAAGAAUUGUAGUACUUCAGCAAGGCAAUGAACUUUUUUUGUACUUAGAUGUAAAGCUAAUUUAAUUUAUUUGAAAACUGUCAAUAUUUGUAUAGAUCUAGUGUUGGUGGAUGUUUGGUACAUGCAGAGCACAGAUGUAAAUAGAACCAAAUUGUGAGAAUACACAAUUUGUAUUGUCUAUUUUUCUAAGUUAAGUAUUUGAAACAUUACUUUACAUGCUGCUCUUGAUAAAGUUAUUUUCUAAACGGUUAUGGACUAUUUUUUCAAAAUAAUUAAAACGAGUUUACAUUUUA